ACUCUGUCAAUACAACUGUCCAAAGAGACACUGAGCUUUCAGCACACAGCCUGCCAGUCCAAAAUGGGGGCUAGCAAAGAUAUAUUUGUGUUACUUUUAUUUAUCCAUUCAGUUCAAGGAGAUAUACUGGAUAACUAUGUGAGAACUGAUGGUGCUUGGAUAUUGGGUCAGAAAAACCAGUUCUACCCAACACUCAACAGAGAAGAAUGUGCUGAGAAAUGUGAAGCUGAACAAAAAUUCAUCUGCAGGUCUUUUUUAUUUGCCAACAAAGAAAAACAGUGCAUUACAUUAGCUGACAACAGCAAAACAACAGUGAUGUUCAGAAGGUCAGAUGUAGUUCUCUUUGAAAAAAGAAUUUACCUUCUUGAAUGUCAGACUGGACGUGGACAAGACUACAGAGGAACUGAAUCCAAAACUCGAAACAAUAUAACAUGCCAAAAAUGGGCAGAGAGGAGCCCUCACAUACCCAAUUAUUCACCGACUGCUAACCCUGGAGCUGGGUUGGAGCAAAACUACUGCAGAAAUCCUGAUAAUGAUGAGAAAGGUCCCUGGUGCUACACAACAGACCACAGAACCAGAUUUGAUUAUUGUAACAUCCCAGAAUGUGAAGAGACGUGUAUGCACUGCAGUGGGGGAAACUAUCAAGGCAAAAUCUCCCAAACUGAAUCUGGAAUUGAAUGCCAAGCCUGGGAUUCUCAGGAACCUCACUCUCAUGGAUAUUAUGCUUCAACUUUUCCAGACAAGGAUCUGAAGAAGAAUUAUUGCCGUAAUCCCGAUGGUGAGCCUCGUCCUUGGUGCUUCACCACCAGUGUGACUAAGCGUUGGGAAUAUUGUAACAUUCCACGCUGCACUACACCCCCACCAACAUCUGGCCCAGGCCGUCAGUGCCUAGAGGGAAAAGGGGAAGACUAUCGAGGCACAAUAGCUGUUACAGUAUCAGGAACUCCGUGCCAAUCCUGGAGUGCCCAAGAACCUCAAAAACAUAGUAGAACUCCUGAGAACUAUCCUUGCAAAAGUUUAGAUGAAAACUACUGUAGAAACCCUGAUGGAGAGACCAUGCCUUGGUGCUACACUACAAAUCCAAGCAAGCGAUGGGAAUACUGCACUAUUCCUAAGUGUCACAGCACAGUAGCACAUACUGAAAUAACUCCCGUUGUUGUUCCUGAACAAGCUGCAGUUGUUGAAGACUGCUAUGAAGGUAUUGGCACAAAUUACCGGGGUACAAUGUCAUCAACCAUCACAGGAAAGAAGUGUCAAACAUGGAGCUCUAUGAGGCCUCAUCGUCACACUAAAACACCAUCUGCAUUUCCACAAGCUGACCUGAGGAGAAACUAUUGCAGAAAUCCAGAUGCUGAUAAAGCACCCUGGUGUUACACUACUGAUCCCAGUACCAGAUGGGAGUUCUGCAACUUACAAAAAUGUACCAGUCCAGGACAGCUACAACUUCAGACAACAAUGACACCAAACCUUGGUAUGGCUUCUUCCCUCAAUGCAGACUGCAAAACUGGUAAUGGUAAAGAGUACCGUGGAAAGAUUGCAGAAACAGCAAGAGGUAAACCUUGCCAAGAAUGGAGUUCACAGACACCUCAUAGGCAUCGGGAUUUCACACCACAAACUCAUCCCAGUUCAGGACUGGAAAAAAAUUACUGCAGAAAUCCAGAUGCUGAUAUUAACGGUCCUUGGUGCUAUACCACAGACCCUGGAAAAACAUGGGACUACUGUGACAUCCCAAGUUGCCCUUCUCCUCAGUUUCAAUGUGGGAAAGCUAAAUAUGAACCAAAUCGGUGUUUUGCAAGGAUUGUUGGUGGAUGUGUUUCAAAACCUCAUUCUUGGCCAUGGCAGAUCAGUCUCAGAACAAGCUUCAAUUUGCACUUCUGUGGAGGCACUUUGAUAGAUCCCCAGUGGGUUCUGACAGCCACUCACUGCUUAGAUCGGUCCCCAAGACCUUCUGCUUACAAAGUGGUACUUGGAUUACACAGGGAGAGAGCUACAGAGCAGUCAGUACAAACUCGUAAUGUUGAAAGAAUGUUCAAGGAACCAAGUGGAGCAGACAUUGCCUUGCUGAAGCUGAGCAGUCCUGUUCAGCUCACCAAUGAAGUAAUUCCUAUAUGCUUGCCUCCCGUCAAUACCGUGGUAGCAGACAGAGCAGAAUGUUUUGUCACAGGAUGGGGUGAAACAAAAGGGACUGGUGGAGAUGGCCUUCUGAAGGAGACUGGCUUCCCUGUCAUUGAAAAUAAAGUGUGUAAUCGGCCUGAAUUUCUGAAUGGGAGAGUCAGAACCACGGAACUCUGUGCUGGCAAUAUUGAUGGCGGUACUGAUAGUUGUCAGGGUGACAGUGGAGGGCCUCUAGUCUGUGAAGAGCACGGAAAAUAUAUCCUGCAGGGAGUUACCUCUUGGGGCCUUGGCUGUGCCCAGCCCAUGAAACCUGGAGUUUAUGUUCGAGUAUCUCGGUUUAUUCCAUGGAUUGAAAGAAUAAUGAAUGAAAACUCAUGAUUUCCUGUUGGAGGCAACAUGUACAAAAAGAGAGAUUCUGGUUGCAAUGUUAUUAAAAAAAAUUACAUGAAAGGAAAAUAAAUAUGUAAAACCCUCAACCAGAAAGCCUUGUUUUCGGUGCCUCCUUUUGGCAUGUUUUGUAUUCUUCAAAACAUGCGCAUCUCGUUAGCAAGAAGCUUGAGCUUGUUGGGUGACAUCCUGCUUUGUUUUAGCUGAAACUCACAUUUCACCAUUUGAUUGAGAGACGUAACCAAUAAAAUAAAUUGUUUUUAUUUACUGUUUCUGAUCCAUCAGACUUAUGUCUAACUUAAAAAGUAAUUAUCCUGUGGGUUGACAAGUGCCUUCAGCUAGUGAUUUUCUCUUUGGCUUUUGAACUGUAUGCUCAGUUACAUGCUUGGCUUCAGUGGGAUAAAGAACUAUUAGUGUGAACUUGGCUGUACACAAAUAUGUCUUAUUUUUCUAGUGACCAUAAUCUUUGAAAUUGCUGCUGUUAUCUGUGUAUUCUCCAAACAGAUCUGCAGCCAGAAAUGUUGAGAAAAACUUAGGGUACUUAAGGGUCUGUGAACAUCUAAAUGGUAAUUGUAUUAAAUAAUAAUAAAACAAUUUAAUUUAAAAUUAAA